UAUGUGACGACAUCUCGCUCGUUUCAAAUUUUGAUCACUUGAAUACAAUUCAAUCCAUUUUGAUAAGGUGAUUGUGAGGCUGAGGCGUAUGGCUCUGCGUAAUAUUUAUUAAAGUACAUAUAAGCAUAAAAGUAUAGAAUAAAAUAAUGAACGAUGAAAAGCAACCACUGCUCACUGGACCUAACAAUUCAAUUGAAAGUGUUGAACAAACAGUAGAAUUAGUGACAGAUCCAGUAUCGCCUUUGAGUAAUAGUGAAAAACCCAAAGGAGACUAUCACCCGGCGUCGGAAAGAUGUUUGGAGCACCCAACUUCCAACUUCGAUACUUUAAUCCACCUUUUAAAAGGAAAUAUAGGAACUGGAAUUUUAGCAAUGCCAGAUGCUUUUAAAAAUGCUGGCCUAGUGCUUGGUGUGUUUGGAACGCUAAUCAUGGGUGCAAUAUGCACACAUUGUAUGCAUAUGCUAGUGAAAUGUUCACAUGAGCUCUGCAUCCGCAGUCAAAAACCAGCACUAAGUUUCUCUGAAGUUGUAGAAGAUUCCUUCGCAUCAGGACCUGUUUCUUUAAGGCCAUAUGCUAAAACUAUGAAGAAUAUUGUCAGUGUAUUUUUGGUAAUAACACAAAUGGGAUUUUGCUGUGUUUACUUUUUGUUUGUGGCCACUAACCUUCAAGAUACAAUGCGUUUUUUUAAUGUUAACUUAAAUGUACAUGUGUACUUGGCUUUAUUAUAUUUACCAAUAUUUGCACUGGCUAUGGUGAAGAACUUAAAGUAUCUCUCACCAGUCUCCCUGGUUGCCUCCAUAAUGACUGCUUGGGGCCUUGUGAUAACAUUUUACUAUAUACUUCAAGAUUUGCCUCCUACACGUACUGUGAAAGCAUUCUCUAGUUGGCAUCAGAUACCUUUAUAUUUUGGUACAGCUAUAUAUGCAUUUGAAGGAAUAGGAGUGGUGAGUUUACUUUGUUUUAUCAUUUGUUUAAUUUGCACAUUCUAAAAUGUUACUUCAUGACUGCACUGGUUAGUCUGUUUACUAGGAACACCGGUCAUUGAACUGCCAGCUUACAGUAGUGGUGAUAUAUUAUAAGUAUGUAAUGUAACCAAUUUACAAUCGUUUAAACAAAUGCACACAAGGACGCGUUAGUUUUGUAAAAAUUGUCCCUUGUUAGCAUGCUUAUUAAUACGCCGCUAAAUAUAUUCUUACAACAUGAAUAGUAGGUAGGUGUAUUACCUACAUAACUAAUAACAAUAGCAGCCAUGAACUAGUUCUGAUUGUCUGUAAAGUAUAUUAUUUUCAUGAGCUACAUGCUAUGCGCAUUUACGUACAUAAAAUUGAAGUUGAUCUCUAAAAAUCAAUACUAUUGUGGAAAUCUACAAUUCAUUCAUAUAUUAAUUACCUUCUACGGUUGUUCUUGCUUCUACGGUUCUACCAUAAUUAUAUUUAACACGGUGUUUAUGCUUUUUAAAUUUAUCUCAGUAGAGAACCACGACAAAUGCAACCAACCGCAAAAACGUAGUCGGUCGUUGAGACGCAAAUAGGGGAAAGUAACGAUGAUACGAAGUACCUACAACAGCUAGAUCUAUCCAGAUCUUGUAAAAGUAGGUCCGUGUUGUUACUAGAUACUGUCCAACGCCUAUAUGAUUGACCUCACUAGCUGUUCGCGUGGCAGAUCCAAGCUUCGUCACCAAUGAGCCGUUUCGACCCGAGUGAUACGUACGAUACGGAUAGCCUUACAGAAUACAGGCGUGGUUCACAGUGUGGGUGAGAUGUUUCAUCUCCAAAAGGCUCACAUUAUCAUCAUUAAAUGAUAGAUUUUUAUACUGCACUAGCGACCCGCCCCGGCUUCGCACGGGUGCAAUAUGCAUGUAUUAUACAUA